CUUUAUUCAUGCGCAUGUUAUAUUUGCACUUUCACAGACACGUGAGUUUUAGUUCAGACGUUCGGGGAAGGGGGCUCGGUUUCGGAAGUAAUAGUACAGUAAUGACAUCAAAUCGGGUUUUAUUUACAAAAGAAAAUACCUUUGGCCCUACAUGCCCUGUGCUUCAGGAUGUUGUCCUCAGGGUUCAUUACUCAACCUUGACUGGCACAAAACCAGAGAGGGACAGGAAGUUCUGGCAUCUGUACUUCAGAGAAAUCUCACAAAACUGAAGAGAUUUGGUUUGUUGGAACGACCCAUGGUACCACUUCACAUAUCCAUCAGUGAGGUGCGCUACAAAGUUUUCCUUCUCGGUAAAAGUGGGGUCGGAAAAACCAGCACACUAGCUAAACUGUCAGGCUGUCUGAUACCAACAGUUCACAGUGAAACACAAGGUAUUCAGACAACGACAGUAUUUUGGCCAGGGAAAAUUUUACAACAGAACAAGGCAUUUAUGUUUCAAAUACAGUUCUGGGAUACUGGCGAGAAUUCAACAAAGAAAUAUGAUCAUAUAAUGCCAGCUUGUCUGGACAAGGCUGAUGCCAUUAUAUUCCUGUUUUCCUUCAUAGACAAGAGUAGUUUUGAGGACAUUCCUCACCAACUGACCAGGAUCAGUACCCCGAAAGAUAACACCACAAAACUAGUGAUGGGAACAAAAUUUGACCAGUUUGCACAUAGUGAGAUUACCCAGAGGGACAUCCGAGACUUUGAACACAACUGGAAGAUCCCGAUAUUGAAAACAAGAAACAUUCCAGAUGCAGAAAACCAGAAUAGCUUUAACGACAUCGCACAGAAUCUCAACAUUAUUUGUGAACAUUUGUGGCAGAGAGACUUAAAUAUAGGAGGCAAAGGGCCUCCAGGGGACAAUAAAAUAUCAUAUUGUUAAA